AAGAAGGGAACUUGGGGAGAUUAUUCUGAAAAGUGCACUGCCUGCAGAGUGGAGUGCAGCUGAGGAGGGGCAGGGGUGCAGCAGGCACUGAGCAGGGGCCCUAUGCUAACACUGCAUCUCACAGCACCUGACAUGUCUUACGGUUGGUACCAUGGAAACAUCACUCGCUCCAAGGCAGAGGAUCUUCUCUCCCAAGCUGGCAAAGAUGGGAGCUACCUCGUCCGGGACAGUGAGUCUGUCUGUCGUGCCUAUGCGCUUUGUGUCCUAAACCAGAACUGUGUGCACACCUACAGGAUCCUACAGAAUGCCGAGCAUCAGCUGUCAGUGCAGGCAUCAGAAGGAGUUCCAAUGCGAUUUUUCACUAACUUGGUGGAGCUGAUUGAAUUUUACAGAAGAGAGAAUGUGGGUUUAGUCACACACCUGCAGUAUCCCAUAGAGAAGGAAGAGGAGGGCCCAGAAGAGCCAGAUGAAGAGCAAGAACCAGCUCCCCCUAAUGUUCCACCCAGAAACUUUGCCUUUACCCCACCUUCAGAAACAAAGGAGUGCCAGACAGCAAUAGAGAGAGCACCGGCUGCAAAUGCAUCCCUGCUUCUAUCAGAGACAUUGCUGCAGAGAUUUCAGGACACAGACAGUCGCUGCAUUCCUGAGGAACAUUUGCAAGCAAUCUGUGACUACUUCAGCCUUCACAUCGUCAGUGACUGUGAUAUGGUACGCACUGGAUCGCAGACCCUACCGCAGUUUAAGAAGCUUCUAAUGACACUUUGCACGGGGCUGCACAGAGAGCUGACACGAACGCUGCCAACCCUGGAGUCCUUGCAGGUUGCCAUUGACCCCCAGCUCUCUCCUGGAUUCAAACAGCGUUCUCCUCUGCCUGGAGAUUCUGCCACAAAUAAUAUGGUCAAUAAACUUACUCAUCUUACCUCCAUGGUCUCCAACCUGGAAGAAAAGGUAAAAACAGUGUUAAUGGAAGGCGCCGCUGUGAAACACCGACGAUCUCUCAUCCCUCCAAUAAUAUUUGAGGUGAAAGCUGAUUCUAUAGGUAUCUCUCAGAAAACUCAUUUGAAGGUCGAUGUUGAAACUGGGAAACUGAUCAUCAAAAAGUCAAAAGAUGGCCCAGAUGAUAAAUUCUAUCCAAGCAAAAAAAUUCUGCAGUUAAUUAAGUCCCAGAAGUUCCCUCAUAAACUGGUUAUAGUUCUGGAAACAGAGAAGGAAAAGACUCAACGCAAGGAGUAUGUUUUUGCUGACUCAAAGAAGCGAGAAGGGUUCUGCCAACUUCUCCAGCAAAUGAAGAACAAACACUCAGGACAGUCAGAACCAGACAUGCUUAGCAUAUUCAUAGGAACAUGGAACAUGGGUGAUGCUCCCCCGCCAAAGAAUAUCACACCUUGGUUCCAGUGCAAAGGCCAAGGGAAGACUAGGGAUGACACAGCAGAUUACAUAGAGCAUGAUAUCUAUGUCAUUGGAACACAAGAGGAUCCACUAAGUGAGAAAGAAUGGACAGAUACACUUAUUCAUUCUCUCCGUGAAAUUACAUCAGUUGAAUACAAAGUGAUUACAACCCAGACCCUGUGGAACAUUCGAAUUGUUGUCUUGGCAAAGCCAGAACAUGCACAUCGAAUCAGCCAUGUGUGUACCAACAGUGUGAAGACUGGGAUUGCCAAUACACUGGGCAAUAAAGGCGCAGUUGGUGCCUCUUUCAUGUUUAAUGGAACAUCGUUUGGCUUUAUUAACAGUCAUCUUACAUCUGGGAGUGAGAAGAAACUCAGGAGAAAUCAGAACUACUUUAAUAUUCUGCGCUUUCUGGUGCUGGGGGAUAAGAAGCUCAGUCCAUUCAACUUCACACAUCGAUUUAACCAUCUUUUCUGGCUAGGGGAUCUAAACUACCGUUUACAACUUCCCAACACUGAAGCUGAGAACAUCAUCCAGAAGAUUAAACAGCAGCAGCAUCAGGAGCUGCUUCCACAUGACCAGUUGAAUUUGGAGCGAAGGGAGAGUUUGAUAUUUUUUCAGUUCCAUGAAGAAGAAAUCACCUUUCCCCCAACUUACCGCUAUGAGAGGGGUAGCCGAGAACGAUAUUGCUACACCAAACAGAAAGCAACAGGGAUAAAGUACAAUUUACCAUCCUGGUGUGACAGGAUUCUCUGGAAAUCGUAUCCACAGAUGCAUAUUUUAUGUCAGUCGUAUGGGUGCACAGAUGAUAUUACUACCAGUGAUCACUCACCUGUAUUUGGCACAUUUCAGGUUGGAGUAACAUCCCAGUUUGUCUCCAAAAACAAUCCAGGGGACUCAGGUGAUUUGGAAGCACAGGGACAUAUUGAGCUGAUGAAUUGCAAGGCAACUCUGUACACUAAGAGUCACACCAAAUUCUACAUUGAAUUCCAUUCUCCUUGCUUGGAAAAUAUGGUCAAGAGUUCAGAAGCUGAAGACCAGGAGGGGAAUAAUGGCACCUUAGUAGUGAAGUUUGGGGUCCUACCAAAGUUAACACCGAUCAUAUCUGACCUGGAGUACCUGCUGGAUCAGCACCUAUUGAUUUGUAUCAAAUCCUCUGACACUGAUGAGUCUUAUGGGGAAGGCUGCAUUGCCCUCAGAAAGGAAGAUACAGAGCAGCAGUUCCCAUUCUGCACUAUUCUAACCCACCAUGGAGAAGAAACUGGGUUAUUUUGUGGAGAAAUCUGUCUUCCCGCAUCUGGAGGGAAACAAAGGGAAAAGUUAUAUGAUUUUGUCAAGAUUGAAAAGGAUGAAACGGUGGCACAAAAACAGCUAAAACACCCUUACAGUCAAUCAAUGGAACAGUCAAGGAUCAUGAAAAGCAUAUCAGAGAAGUCUGCAAUGAUUGCGCGCAUGCGGGCAGCCCCUGAAACUCAAAAUAGUAUGGAUCACACUGCAUCUGUGGCAGCCAUUUCCAGCCAGGCAAAGCAGAGUCCCCCUACCACACCGCCUGGAUUCAGAGGUAGCGAGCCAAGACAGAAGCCAGGAUCACCAGUACAGGGACGUGGAGACACACCAAUUACUUCACCUCCUCGAACUACAUUAUCCACUCAGAAAUUCUCCCAUUCCAACACCAACCGAACUGCUCCAGCUGCCCGUCCGCAGGACUCUCUUCAAAUUACAGUUCCAUCUGAUCCUCAUGAAAUGGUUGAUAAUCCAUUAUAUGGACCUGUAAACAAUACCCUCUACCCACCAACGGCCCAGGCUCGAGCUCAGAAAUCACCCGAACCCAUGGCUCGCACCUCACCUGGCAUUCGUCCACGUUCCAUGACCUGCUCCUCUACAGAAAAGAAGCCUGUCCCUGCAGAAAAAGCUCAGGUCAAGAACACCAUAUCAGCUGUGACCAAUCAAAAUUUCUGCCGACCUGAAGGUGGCCCAGCUCUCUCAAAGCCUCGUCCACCGUUACCGUCCAAGAACCAGUUAGCCACUCGUGAUGUUCAGAACAAUUAGAUUUAAACAAAGGAAAAUUUGAGUCAAUCAAAAGAUUCUAUGAUAUUUUAAUCAAAGCUUUUUUUAUUUGUUGGAUAUCAUUGCAUUUGGAACAGUGAGGUCUUCUACUUGCUUAUAUUAUGUUAACAUUUAAAGCAUUUCAGUCACACAGAAAGAGCCUAAAACCCCUAUUCUUCUUAGUAAAAUAUUUCCUAGAGCAUAGAUUUAUCAUUUACUGACUGCAUGCUUUGUAAUUCUCCAUUGUUUAUCCUAAUACACAGUGUAGGAUGUACAUUGUCACUAGUGUGACCGGUGCUAAAAAUGUCAGACCCUUGUGGCUGCCACGGACUCACAUUUAAAGUGCCUAGCAGCUAAUCGCUAUCCUUUCUAGGACUUGCAGCUCUCAUCUGACCUUUGUUAUUUUUUUUUUAUCAAGACCAACUCAUGUGACACUGGAGCAUUGAGUGAAAAGAAAUGUAACUAACGAUAUCACUGAGCAGUAAUCCCCCACCCACGAUGAACACCAGACAUAGCCAUGUUUUUAUGUUAAUCUACGUGAGGAAACAUUUUGGCAAUGGGACCUAUGGUCCUGGCCUUCUUAUGACCACAACAUUCCAGAAAAUAAAUGUUAUAUUUAAAGAAAUGGGAUGUUUAGAGAUGGUAAUUCAUUGCCAGAGGUGGUAAUUCAUUAGCAAUAUGUCUUUCACAACUAUAACCCCUCCAAUUAUUUUAUAUAAGGGCAUUUUAUUUCAGUCCUUUAGUCUUACUUCUGCCAGUUGAGACUUUAGUGGUACGCCAGGAUAACUUCUCCAUGAAUAUAGCACUUUUAUGGUCGAUUUUGUAGUGAAGCAUUUCCCUUUCUAUUACAUUAUACUUCAUCCUACUCUUAAUAUAUGCACAGGCCCGGAUUUGUGGAAAGGCCACCUAGGCCCGGGCCUAGGGCGGCAGGAUUUUAGGGGGGCGGCAUGAUGCCCAACCACACCUACAUUGGUUCAAAAACACUGGGGAUGCGCUGGAGAUACAAUCAUUUUUUAAAUUUCCCCAUUGAUGAUGAAAAUUUGCACGAAUAAAGGGGAGGGGGCAGGGGCGACGAACGGCAGUGGGCCUAGGGGCACCCUCUAUGUAAAUCCGGCCCUGUAUAUGCAAGGUGGGUCUCACAGUAGGGUAGAAAGAACAUAAGCAAGCUCAGAGGCCAAAAGUAAGAGUUACUGUAGAUAUAGUACAAGGAAGGGAACACUGCUCUGUGAAUUCUUAUUUAUUAUUCUCUACCCACGAGCGUUGCCCUAUAUUGUGCCCUUCUAAAUGAAUACUGGAAGAAACAUAUAAAAAGCUUAACAUAUACAGAAUUCGAUGGAAUUAGUCUUUCUGGAUGUUAAGGCCAAACAAAGCUUAGCUGGAAUGCAAUAGUAAUAAAGCUGUAAGAUCAUUGCAGUGAUAUUUCAGGUUACAGGCCUGAGAAUGGAAAUCCUGGAUUUGCUCCUCCUUGCACUUUAUUGAAUAAAUAUUAUCUCGUGCAAUUGUGUCAGGGCCCAUAUCCAUCAGUGUUUAUUAUGGGAAUACUUAAGCUGCUGGUUUGAGCACAGUCCAUGAGCCUACUGAUUUUAUUUUAGUUUGUUGUACCCCCAAGCAUUGUGUUUUAGCACAAUCGUGUUUUUUUUUAAUUCAAAUGCAACAUGCAGCAUGUGCUUGACACACCUUCAGAAUAUAUUGAAAUAGAGAAAUGCAUGAAAACACAUUAAAAAAUAUAUGCCUAUUGGUGUGUUUGCUAUGCAUUUGAAUAAACACAGAUUCACCUGACCGUGUGUGUAUGGGCCCUCACAGGAAAAUGGCUUCAGAUCAGUAUUUUAGUGCAUUUGCACCUGCAUAGGUUAUAUAUAGUGUAUGAUCCUAGUUAAUGAGAGGUGCUUUCAUGCAGGCGACAAAACACCUCAUUAGGUUUGGCCCAAUUGGGCCAAAAUCAGCCUGCUGAAACCCACAGGCCGAUUUCAGCAACACAAUGUAGCAGUAUCCAAUUCUUAGAAUCCGAAACCCUUGUGUUGGCUCCGGCGCAAACACUCUCGACAAGUUUUAGCACAAAAUGCAAAGUCUUGUGUUUCUUCACCGAAAUCAGCCAAGUGUGUUCGCACCAGAGGCUGAUUUCGGCCUGUCUGGUUCUAGCCUUACCCUAAAUGUGAAAUGACAAAAUCUCCCACCUGCCAUGUUUUCCUUUACUGACAGUUUCUGCUACUAUGAUUAGGCUAAUCAUCCAAUCUGUACUAAAGUCAGUCCUAGGACAAAGACUUACGGUAAGAUGGCCAGAAGCAAACGUACCAUCGUACGAAACAAAGGUUUGUACGAUUUUCGGACUGUGUGUGAGUGUCCCGACAUUUUUCUUACCAUGGAGAUCGGUUGUUCAGUAGAUCGGACAGUUUAAAAGAUUUAUAUCGGCUACUGAUAAUAUCUCUGCAUUUAUUGCCUAUCUGACGAUAUCAAGGAAGACUGUCACUACUAUUUGUCAGACAUAACUUUCGUACGAUUGCUGUCUGUCAAUAAAUGACUAGAGUUGUGUAAUUUCUCCUCUUUACUUCUUUAUAUUAUCUGAAUGGUAAGUUGCAAGUCGGAAGAUUGGCAGGGAAGAUGGUUUUUCCAACUUUAGGCUAUUAAUCUGCAUGUCUAUGGCCAUCUUUAGGCUUAUGUCACACUGGGGCGAAAAUUGAAUCUGAAAACAUUAAUUUGGGGAAAAAGAAAGGUUUCUCCAGGUGUGUCAUUAGCCUUAUUCUCUGAUUUAUGUCAUCUGCAGCCAGAUAAUGAAGCAUAAGCUCUGGAAAUGGGGUUUCAAAGAUGCUGACAGUUUCCUUUAAGUAGUGAGUAGAUGCAUCUGCUGAAGUUUCAAGGGACAGUGUUAUCAAAUUAGAACGUUUACUCUCGUUGCUGAAAAUAGCUGUUUUAUAAAGUGCUUGCGGUACUGAGAAUUGUAGUUUAAUGAAACCUGGAGGGCCGCAGGCUGGACAUCCUUAACAUAUAUAGUAAAUAUUUUUACCAAUUGCUAACAAGUGUCUGAAAAAUCCUCCAAAGGGCUCCUGAAAUAUUGGGGGCCCAAGGAUAAUAUGCUUUUUGUCCCUCCCUUAAUGCCAACCUUGCAAGAAGCCCUCACAGGUACAAUGGUCUUUCCCUGUUUUAAAGGGGGAUUAUAUGUAUAUUACAGCACCUUGAGACAUAUUUGGUACUGUUGUAAAUAUGAGACAUUAGUGUUGACCUCUGUAUAUUCUAUGGAAAAAAAA